GGGCUAAAUGUGCGGAUUUGUCGCGUUUUGUUGUCAACUGUUUUUUGAAUGAUUUACUGAUUUAGUGAUCAAAUUAUAAUUGAUUUGAAAUCAUACCACACUUUACCAUCACUUGAGACACACACAGACAUCACAAGAGACACAUUUGCACACAAAGUAUCGACUGUUGGCCGCAAGCGAUGGCAGACGAGACGGAACCGUCAGUCCCGGCCACAGUCGAGGAACCGUUGGAUUUGAUUCGUUUGAGUUUAGAUGAAAGGAUUUACGUGAAGAUGAGGAACGAGAGGGAACUUCGGGGUCGUCUCCACGCCUAUGACCAGCACUUGAAUAUGGUAUUGAGUGAUGUGGAGGAAUGUGUGACCACUGUUGAGAUCGAUGAAGAGACCUAUGAGGAGGUCUACAAGACUGAGAAACGCAAUAUUCCGAUGCUCUUCGUCAGAGGCGACGCCAUUAUUCUGGUCUCACCGCCCAUUAGGUCCACCAAUUGA